UGCUAGGAUAUUUUGUUCAUGGAAAUUCUAGGAGGUUUACGGUAACAACUGUGUCUCCUAGGAGUUCUGUACAAUAAAAGACAAGAGUUCUACAAACAGCAGCGUGUGAUGUGGCUACUUCAUCCAUCGCAGGGUUCAGCCAGUUUCUUAGUGUUAUUUUUAUAAUAUCACAGGAUGGAAGCGGACAGUUAGAAAGCAGGUUACGUUUCUCUGCUUUUCCCACUGCCCAGCUCAGUGCCCUGUUUGCUGAAUUGGAUCUGAAAUGAUGAAAGAGACCUCAAAGGACCAGGAGAGCCUGGAAUACAGGCUGGACUGUGCUCCUGACCUGCGGUGUGAGAAGAAAACAGAUUUAGUGCCUGUUUGCCAAAUUUGUGAGACAUGUGUCUUGUCUUGGAGGGUCUUCUCUACCAAAGAGUGGUUCCUGCGGGCCAGCAAUGUCUCCCAGAGGAAGUUCCUGGUGGGGAUCGUGAAGCGAUUCAACAGCCUGGAUUUGCUAAACUAUGCUGAGAAAGUCCUGCAGACCACCUACGGGAAGGAUUUCACUUUCAGCCGGUCCCGAAUCACCCCCAGCCUCAAAGAAGACAUGACCACGUCCGCUUCUGACCGGGCUUUGAAUACAGUAACUCUAGAGAAAGCCAUGUCAGAGACCUGGAAGUGGUUCAAAAACAGUUCCUACUGGACUAAAGCAAACUACACUCUGCUCUUGCUUCAGAUGUGUAACCCUAAGUUACUGUUUAUAGCUGCUAACCUGGUCAGAGUCCUCCUGGUCAGAGAGCAGAGUGCCAGCUCAAGAAGAGAAACAGAGGACGAGGAAGACAAAAUCACGGUGGUCUUGACUGAGACCCAAAGCAGCUUCAAGCUACAGGAACACACGAAAUCCCAGGAGCAAUUGCGACCCACAUCUCAAUCCUUCCUGACUUCUUCCACAGCCCUAGAAAGUGGGGUCUCAUCAGAAGGAACCAGCCAGUUUAGUGAAAUAGGCAUAGGUGUCCAAGGAAAGAUACCGUGCUUCUGGCCCAGAGACCUGGCGCACAUGUAUAGUGAGAGAGCUGCAUCAGCGGAUGAUGAUAUAUCCUCCAUGUCUUCAAUCGACCCAGCCCCCACCAUUGUCCCUGCAGCUUUCCAGUCAGUCUCCAGUGUGAACAAGUACAAGGACUUCAUCCGCUGCCUGCCGACCCAUCUGUCCAAGUACAUCCUGGGGUUUCUGGAUACAAAGAGCCUGAACAGGUGCACUUCUGUGAGCCAGCACUGGGCCUUCCUGGCCAAAGAGGUCAAGAAGGAACAUCUGUCGCAUAGCCUAGUCCUGGAAGAGAUUGUGUACUUGCAGGGGUCAUGUCCUAGGGGAGUCAUUCCCAGCUAUGCUAAAAUGACCAACGUUCUAAUUCCAAGGAUAACUAAAGAAGGGGACAUCAUCCCAGCAAGAGGUCGCAGAUGGAAACGCAGAGGAAAGGAGGAGAACAACCUACAGGCAGCUUAUCAUGGCCAGAUAACUGAAACUAUCCAGCUGGAGGAGAGAAACAUCUUCUGCGGCUCCUACAAUGUUCGUGUCCUUACAGACCAGUCAGAUCCACACAGGGUAAUCCACUACAGUGGUGGGAACUUGCUUGCCAUUGGCUCAGUGGACCGCAAAGUCAGGUUCCUUGACGUGUUGGAGCUGAAGGCAGUGCCGCCUGUGAUCAGUGGCCAUGCUGGGAGCAUCAAGGCAGUGUUCCUCAAUGAGAAGAAAGGGUUCGUGCUGAGCGCCAGCUUUGAUCUCAGCAUCCGAUGCUGGAAUAUAUUCACUGGGGCUUGUGUGAAGAUCCUUAACGGUCACUCGGGGACCAUCACCUGCCUGGACGUGUACAAAAACUGGGUUGUGUCAGGAGCAAGAGAUUGCAUGGUCAAAGUGUGGGAUUUAAGCACUGGGCGAUGCAUCAAAACUUUAAAACACAAAGAUGCCAUUUGGACAGUUAAAAUCAACAACACCCACAUUGUGAGCGGCUGCGAAAAAGGGUUGGUGAAAGUGUGGCACGUUGAUACAUGCAUGUUGAUCAAGACCUUAGAAGGGCACCAAGGCCCAAUAAAAUGCCUGGCCUUUGAUCAAUGGCAUCUAGUGACAGGAAGUUCUGAUGGAUUUGUCCUGGGAUGGAGCAUGGUGGGAAAACAUAAGCGAUGUCUAAUGGCUUUCAGGCAUCCACAGGAAGUCUUGUAUCUGGCAUUUCUGUAUCUCCGAGUCAUCAGUGGCUGCGCUGAUGGAAAAAUACGUGUAUUUAACUUCCUGACUGGGACCUGCCUGAAGGUGAUGAGGGCCAACAGCAGAGGUGAUCCUGUGGUGUCCUUCUGCAUUGUAGAAAAUAGGAUGGUGAUCAAUGCUCUGAGCAGUGUACUGAUGUUCCAGUUUGAGGAUGUAGAGUGGGACUACACGCUACAGGCCGACCGAGAGGAAGUAACAAAGGAUAAGGAAAAGCACAAAGAAAUCAGGGUCAGUAUGCAGCCCUAUCCAUAUGUUCGUGCUCAGCGCAUGAAACGGGAUUUAGCCAGCCCCAAGAAGAUAUAUUAUUCUGAGGAGAAACCAGAUGAGGACCAGAUAAUGUUGGCAUACCUGAUUCGCCGUGGGUCAACGAGGGGUUCCGGGACACGUUCAGGUCUCCAUUAUGAAUUUGUGAAGGCACCUGCUCACCAGUCAAAUCAGACUUUGCAAAGGAGCAUGGGUUGCCUUGAAAUAAAGCCGGACCAGAAGAAAAGGUUUGCUCUUCCUGGGAGACGACAGGUCUACAGCAGUGAUUCAGAUGACUCAGGUCGAACAUACGGUGCAGCAAAACCACAAAGCUUGUCAGAGUCUGAUAGUGAAUCUGGCUACGACUCUCCAGUCCACGCAUCUUCACUUGCUGAAAACACAGAGGCCACUUUACAGCGUAUAAAGAAACGAAGCCCGCAUUGUCCCAUUUCUCCUGACCAGAUUCUCCUGACUGUUAGCACGCUGCAGCACGCCUACAAGCCAGACCAAGUCAGCUCCAAUAUGAUACACCAUGCAAAAAUCAGAGAUGUCUGGGGACCUCGGCUGCACCCCCAGGAAUGCCCUAAAAAGAUGUUGUCAUACAAAAUCCCUAAGCAAGAGAAAAAGGAUCAGUCAGCCCAACUCAGACACAUUAAAUCUGCUAGUAGCUCUCUGAUUAUGAAAAGAAUUUCCACACCUUUUGAAACCAAAAGACUGCAGCUCAAUUUGAAGAACUCUUUGCAUGGGUCUGCAGUGCACUCUUUCAUUCCUGCUCCCAUGAUUGUACGCUCCAAGUCAUGCUGCAGCUUGCCAGAAGAGAAGGUUCAUACUAGCCAUGGCAGAGCCACUUCCCUAUCUGAGGGUGGGGCUCAGUUGAUUGGCCACUUAACGAGCUCAUCUGAAUCCAUCAAACUGACACGCAUGAUGAUCGCACAAACUAAAAUUGAAGCAGGGCCCCGGAGAGAAAGUCCCCUCUUCUUACAAACUGCAAAUCCUUACCGGAUCAACAGCGGGUUCAGGCUUCUGACAGUGAAGCAGAUGAAAAUGUAUGAAGAAGCUACAGCUGUUGAGUAUCAAGCUCACCAAACAAAACGUAUAGCAGACCAGCAAAAAGAGUGCAGGAAGGCCUGGUUAAAGAAAAUUAAAGGCCUCCCCAUCGACAAUUUCACCAAGGAGGGAAAAAUAGCUGCCCCUGAACUUGGGCUUAAUGUGUAUGUCUGAGCGAAGCUCCUUAAGGCACACUACCAGCUCUUUUAAAGAAAUAAAUGCAAACAAACAGAUGGGAUUUGGGGCUUCUUGGGUUGCUCAAAUUGUUUGAUUCAGCUGUGGUCCCCACUUGAGGAUACCAUCUAAUAGCCCUCAAUGUUCUGUUGUGGGAGGGAUUAUAUAAGGAACAGUGCAUGACUCUUCAAGAAAGUAUUAUUGACAUAGUUAAAUAGUCCUCACAGCAGCCUAUGAGAUUAUUAUUCAGCUGGGCCUAGUGUUACAGUAGACUGAUUUAAAUGUGAUCAUCAGCAUCUCCUCUUGUGAUCACCACACAGCGCUAUGCUUGCAAGUUUUCCUUGUGAGGCCUCAGACAAGCUCCAAGAGGCUGAUCAUCCGACCUAUGUUUUGAGCAAGGGGUGCCUGAUCCUUGCAAUCCUGGGGGCAAUUCACCAGGUGUCUGAGCCACAUAAAAUGUGCA